UAUUGUGAUCUCAGUCGCGACGCAUUCAUACAUUUCUCGAUCUGGGAACUGACAUCUGGAACAGAAUCGCUGAGUUUGUUUCCACACGAGGAGAAGAGAGUCUCGACCGAGGGCGUACCGCAGCCAUUGCCAAAGCGACUCAUUGCGCAGUCAUCCUUACCAUUGUUUAGUAAGAGAGGAGUGCUCAAGUCAGGAACGCUAGAUGUUCAGGUAGAGUGUUUUCAGAUGGAAUUGUCGGAAGAGUUGGACCCAUUCCAUCGAUGUGCGGAACAGUGGAAGUGCCCCGAUCCAAAUGAUAGCCAUUUAAGGGAACUGUUAAAACAGGUACCGUCCGACUAUUUUUUUUUCACUUCAGAAAGGUGGAGGAGCUUCGCAACAAUCGGAAAUUCGCUUCGACUCAACGCUACCUUUUCCUUGUGUUCAAAAUGGCGUCUAUCCAAUACGAUCGAUGGCCAGUAUUAUGAUGUGGUGUACUACGAGGAUCCAACUCCAGACCUGAGAAUCGUGACGUCGAUUGGUGGAGGCGGCGUGAGUGCGACAUUCCGGGUAUCCGAUCCUGAGCUGGGAUUGGAAAAUCUGGCGGAGACGAAACACAACGUGAUGACAAGAAAUGCUCGAGCGGGAGCUAUGGACAAGCAGUUGAAACCAAAUAAGCAAACAAAGGAUCGUCUUGAGACCAUCAUACGGCGUGAACAUUCCAGCUGCCAUCAUCUCAGUCCCUUACCCGAGAACAACGAGAUUUGGUGUGGAAGUUCCGCUUUCUUCCUGCAAGCUGAUCGUCGAGCUUUGAAUAAGUUUCUCCGUUCGGUGAAUUGGGAUCAACCCGGUGAAGAACAACAUGCACUCGCCCUACUGAACGAAAGCAACCGUUCAUUUCCAGUGACUGGACCCCGAUUGAAGCCGAAGAUGCUCUGGAACUUCUAUCCCCAGCGUUCACUCAUCCAAGCGUCAGGUGCUAUGCAGUGUCGAGGUUGUUCGACGCGGCUUCUCCUUGACCAAGUAUUGCUAUACCUGCCGCAGUUGGUUCAGGCACUCAAAUACGAACCGCUCCCUACAACUGAUGCUGCUAUUGUUGAACAGAUGGAAUCGUGUUCUAAUUCGCAGGCGACGGAAGCGACAGAGGUGGUUGUGCUCGAAGAGGACGAGAUUGCUGCGCGCACCACCGAUGAUCUAGCGUCAUUCCUAGUCAAAUAUGCAACUGGAUAUCCAAAGGUGGCAAAUUUUCUGUUUUGGCACUUGAAAGUUGAAGCGGAAGCAACUCGUAAAACCGAUGAGGCUUUAUCAUCGGUAUACGAACGGUUACUCAGUCGUCUUAUGCAGACUUUGCAACGUGGUACACCGGAGAUGAAAAGGCAGGCGGAGAGUCUGAGGAUGCAGAGGCAAUUCGUCGAAGAUCUCAAAAUUCUGAUGCAAGAGGCGACAAAUAAGCAUAGUCGUCGUGAUCUACGUCAAGCCGCUUUGUGCACAUUGUUGAACAAUGCUCGACAUAUGAAAGAGCUGCGUGGACUGCAUCUACCACUUGAUCCGAGUGUAAGGCUAGCCGGUGUGAUGCCAGACUCGGCUGUACUAUUCAAUAGUGCCAUGAUGCCUGUUAAAUUGACUUUCAAAACGAUAACUGGUACGGACACCAAUAAGGAGUACACUCUUAUUUUUAAGCAGGGUGAUGAUCUGCGGCAAGAUCAGCUAGCGUAUAUACAAAAUGGUCGCCAUCAUGGACAGCCUGUUUCAAGAAGGAUACUCGACCUAAAAUUGACCUUACGCCAGCCUUUUCAGAGAAAGUUCGGUUAUACGGUGCUGUCAACUGGUGUCAAUGAGGGAUUCGUGCAGUUUGUUAAGGCAAAACCGCUUCGAGAAAUCAUCAACACUUAUAAGCGAUAUAAUACAGAUAGCAUAAAGGAAGCAAUGAAAGAAGCUCGCCCUGAUGCACAUGGUCCUCUAGGAAUCGAAGCUAAUGUUGUCGACAAUUACGUCAGGUCUUUAGCUGGGUACUGUGUGAUGUGCUAUGUUCUGGGCGUUGGUGAUCGUCAUUUAGACAACCUGCUACUAUGUGAAAAUGGUCGCAUAUUUCAUGUUGACUUUGGGUUUAUUCUUGGACGCGAUCCCAAGCCGCUACCACCACCGAUGAAGCUGACUAACGAAAUGCUUCAAGCGAUGGGUGGCAUCAAGAGCGAGCACUUUCGUCACUUUUGUAUGCAUUGUGAUUCGGCCUAUCGCAUACUGCGUCGCCAUGCUAACGUCAUCCUGAAUCUGUUCUCCCUUAUGUUGGAUGCUGGCAUCCACAACAUUUCCGAAGAGCGGGAUAAAGCCGUGUUCAAAGUAGUUUCAAAUGCCUUAGGCCAAAGGCAUCGACAGCUGCUUUUGGUGGAAGAACGUCUGCGAUUGGAUCUGAGCGAUGAAAGCAGCUUCGGUACAUAUUUUCGGAGUUAUCGAGAACAAGCAUGA